AUGGACAUGGACGCCGCGCAUGGCCACUACCCGUGGCUCAACUUCUCCCUCGCUCACCACUGUGAGAUGGGGGAGGAGGAGCGGGGAGCGGCCGCCGAGCUGGCCGCCAUCGCCGGGGCCGGGCCGCCGCCCAAGCUCGAGGACUUCCUCGGGGGCGGCGCCAACGGCAACCACAACGGAAGGAAUAAUAAUGACGCCGGCCGCGGCGACCAGGUUGUCUCUGCAGCGACCGCGGAGAUGUACGACUCAGAGCUCAAGUUCCUGGCCGCCGGAUUCCUGGGCGGCGCUACCGGAACCACGGCGCCCACUAUCUCCCCGGCGGCGGCUCCUCAGGAGCAGGCCGACCCGAAGAUGCCGGCCCCUGCGCCGGAGCAGAAGAAGGCCGUCGACUCCUUCGGCCAGAGGACCUCCAUCUACCGUGGCGUCACGCGGCACCGUUGGACGGGUAGGUACGAGGCGCAUCUGUGGGACAACAGCUGCCGGCGUGAAGGCCAGAGCCGCAAGGGCCGCCAAGUGUACCUCGGUGGCUAUGAUAAGGAGGAGAAGGCGGCAAGGGCGUACGAUCUCGCCGCGCUGAAGUACUGGGGGUCUAGCACCACCACCAACUUCCCGGUUGCCGACUAUGAAAAGGAGGUGGAGGAGAUGAAGCACAUGACACGCCAGGAGUUUGUAGCUUCACUUAGGAGGAAGAGUAGUGGUUUCUCCCGUGGCGCUUCCAUAUACAGGGGUGUCACAAGACAUCACCAGCAUGGUCGAUGGCAGGCGAGAAUCGGACGGGUUGCUGGCAACAAGGAUCUAUACCUCGGAACAUUCAGCACCGAGGAGGAAGCCGCGGAGGCCUACGACAUCGCGGCCAUCAAGUUCCGGGGCCUGAACGCGGUCACCAACUUCGAGAUCGGCCGGUACAACGUGGAGAGCAUCAUCAGCAGCAACCUCCCGAUCGGCAACAUGUCCGGCGGCGCAGGGCGGGGCAGCAAGGCCCUGGAGUCCAGCUCCCCGGAAGCCGCCGCAUUGCCCGUGGAAGCGCCGCACUCGCUGGCGUUCACGGCGCUGCCGAUGAAGUACGACCAGCAGCAGCAGGACUACCUGUCGUUCCUGGCCCUGCAGCACCACCAGCAGGGCAACCUCCAGGGGCUCGGCUACGGCCUCUACAGCUCCGGCGUCAACCUGGACUUCGCCAACGCCGGCCCCGGCGGCGCGAUGGCGCCUCACUGCUACGGCAGCAACGCCGGCGACUUGCACCUUCAGCAACACGAUCAGCAGCAGCAGCAGCACGAGGGGGAGGGGCAGGAGCAGCAGCAUGAUCAGCAUCACUCCAUGGGGUUCGGCGCGUCGACGCCCAUGGCGGCUUUCAGCAGCGGCGGGCCCUACGAAAGCUCGGUGACGGCAGGGUCCUUUGGAUACUACCCAAAUGUGGCAGCCUUUCAGACGCCGAUCUUUGGAAUGGAAUGA